AUGAGUGAAGGGGCGGCCGCUGCCUCGCCACCUGGAGCCGCUUCGGCAGCCGCCGCCUCGGCCGAGGAGGGCACCGCGGCGGCUGCGGCGGCAGCGGCGGCGGGCGGGGGCCCGGACGGCGGCGGCGGCGGCGGCGGCGAAGGGGCGGCCGAGCCCCCCCGGGAGUUACGCUGUAGCGACUGCAUCGUGUGGAACCGGCAGCAGACGUGGCUGUGCGUGGUGCCUCUUUUCAUCGGCUUUAUCGGCCUGGGGCUCAGUCUAAUGCUCCUCAAAUGGAUCGUGGUGGGCUCCGUCAAGGAAUACGUGCCCACCGACCUGGUGGACUCCAAGGGGAUGGGCCAGGACCCCUUUUUUCUCUCCAAGCCCAGCUCCUUCCCCAAGGCCAUGGAGACGACUACCACGACCACUUCCACAACGUCCCCAGCCACCCCUUCCUCCGGCGGCGCCGCCUCUUCCAGGACGCCCAACCGGAUUAGCACCCGCCUGACCACCAUCACGCGGGCUCCCACUCGCUUCCCGGGGCACCGAGUGCCCAUUCGGGCCAGCCCGCGCUCCACUACGGCACGAAGCACUGCGGGUCCCCCGACGGUCCUGUCCACGACGGCCCCUUUCUUCAGUAGCAGCACGCCAGGCUCCCGGCCUCCGCUGCCAGGAACCCCCAGUACCCAGGCAAUGCCCUCCUGGCCCACUGCGGCAUUCGCUACCUCCUCCUACCUUCAUGAUUCUACUCCUUCCUGGACCCUGUCUCCCUUUCAGGAUGCUGUCGCUGCCUCCUCCUCCUCCUCAUCUUCCUCCUCUUCUACCACCACCUCGUCUUCCUCCUCUACCACCACCACGCCAGAAACUAGCACCAGCCCCAAAUUUCAUACGACAACAUAUUCCACUGAGCGAUCUGAACACUUCAAACCCUGCCGAGACAAGGACCUUGCUUACUGUCUCAAUGAUGGCGAAUGCUUUGUGAUUGAAACCCUGACUGGAUCCCAUAAACACUGUCGGUGCAAAGAAGGCUACCAGGGAGUCCGUUGUGAUCAAUUUCUGCCAAAAACUGAUUCCAUCUUAUCAGAUCCAACAGACCACUUGGGGAUUGAAUUCAUGGAGAGUGAAGAAGUUUAUCAAAGGCAGGUGCUGUCAAUUUCAUGUAUCAUCUUUGGACUUAUCAUCGUGGGCAUGUUCUGUGCAGCAUUCUACUUCAAAAGCAAAAAACAAGCUAAACAAAUUCAAGAGCAGCUGAAAGAGCCACAAAAUGGUAAAAACUACAGUCUCAAAGCAUCCAGCACAAUGGCAAAGUCAGAACACUUGGUGAAGAAUCAUGUCCAGCUGCAAAAUUAUUCAAAGGCGGAAAGGCAUCCUGUGACUGCUUUGGAGAAAAUGAUGGAAUCAAGCUUUGUUGGCCCCCAGUCAUUCCCAGAGGUCCCUUCUCCUGACAGAGGAAGCCAAUCUGUCAAACACCACAGGAGUCUCUCCUCUUGCUGCAGCCCAGGACAAAAGAGUGGCAUGCUCCACAGGAACGCCUUCCGAAGGACACCACCCUCACCUCGAAGUAGGCUGGGCGGAAUUGUGGGACCAGCUUAUCAACAACUUGAGGAAUCAAGGAUCCCAGACCAAGAUACAAUACCUUGUCAAGGGAUAGAGGUCAGGAAGACUAUAUCCCACCUGCCUAUACAGCUGUGGUGUGUUGAAAGAUCCCUGGACUUAAAGUAUUCAUCCACCAGUUUAAGCACCCAACAAAAUGCAUCAGUAAAUAUGCAACUGCCUUCAAGAGAGACAAACUCCUAUUUUAAUAACUUGGAUCAAAAGGACCUGAUGGUAUAUUCAUCCACAAGGGCCAGUUCCGUGCCCAUCAUCCCUUCCAUGGGUCUAGAGGAAACCUGCAUGCAAAUGCCAGGGAUUUCUGAAGUAAAAAGCAUCAAAUGGUGCAAAAACUCCUACUCUGCUGAUGUUGUCAAUGUGAGUAUUCCAGUCAACGAUUGUCUUAUAGCAGAACAACAAGAAGUGAAAAUUUUGCUAGAAACUGUCCAGGAGCAGAUCCGAAUUCUGACUGAGGCCAGGCGGUCAGAAGACUAUGAACUAGCCAGUGUAGACACUGAGGACAGUGCAAGUGAAAACACAGCCUUCCUCCCCCUGAGUCCCACGGCCAAAUCAGAACGAGAGGCACAAUUUGUCUUAAGAAAUGAAAUACAAAGAGACUCUGCAUUGACCAAGUGA